GGCAGAGCCGCCAAGCGCGGCGGAGGGGGUGUGCAGCUUCACGGCAGUGUCGUAAAGCCGCUCCGCCCAAACAGGAAGCGAAGUUGUGGAGCGGCAGCGGCCGGCGGCGUCUUGAAAAACACGUGACGGCUACCGGCUGCCGGGCAGCCCAAUCUUCCUCACAGAGAAAAACGUGUCAGGAGGCGCGAGAGAACGCUUCUCCUUUGAGCGGCGCCCCGGGAACCAAUCGCGAGCUGCGCGCCUGGCCUUAGGAUUAGGGGCGGAGCUCUAAAUUUCGCAAGGGAGGCGAGAGAGAGUGAUGAACAGACACCAUCAUCCUAGCACCAGGAGUUGGAGCUAACACGAAGUGGGUGUUUGGGAGCAAGGCUGAGCUGGACCAGAGUGAGAAAACUGUCUGUUCCCAACUUGCUGAACGUGUCGUGGGAACCGCAUCUGCUCUUUGCCUCAAGUGGAACAACAGGAAGGGUGAAAGGCUAAACCAUCGUAUUGUGUUCUGCAUUUGAAAGUGCUGGGAGAGGAGGAAAACCUUUUUGUUGGUGCUUCCUUGAGCAGGCUCCUGCAGCGUCCCCUGCCCUUUAUAGUGCCUCCAGGGUCAAGAUGCCCCACAGUCAGCACAUGGACCAUAAAAUGAAUGGCUCAGCAACGCCCACCCCAGAUCCUCAUGCACACCAUCAUACCACAGCAUCAUUGGGACACAUGCAUGAUGGAGGGAUGAUGGAUAUGACCUUCUACUUUGGCUAUAAGAAGGUGCAUUUGCUGUUUUCCGGGCUCGUCAUCAACUCAGCCAGAGAAAUGGCUGGUGCGUUUGUGGCCAUCUUCCUCCUGGCCAUGUUCUACGAGGGCCUGAAGAUUGCCCGCGAGAACCUCCUCCGGAAGUCACAAGUCAGCAUCCGCUACAACUCCAUGCCAGUCCCAGGACCAAAUGGCACCGUCUUGAUGGAGACGCACAAAACAGUCGGGCAGCAGAUGGUGAGCUUCCCUCACCUCUUCCAGACCGUGCUGCACAUUGUCCAGGUGGUGGUCAGCUACUUCCUCAUGCUCAUCUUCAUGACCUACAAUGGCUACCUCUGCAUUGCUGUGGCAGCAGGCGCAGGGACGGGCUACUUCCUCUUCAGCUGGAAGAAGGCUGUCGUGGUGGAUAUCACAGAGCAUUGCCAUUAAUGCCAGGCAAGGGGCCUGAGCUUUACCUGCAGCCUCUGGCGAGGACCAGGUUCGGCCUCAGGCUUACUGGAAACCAUGCCAAGAACAUCCUUGGGGUGCCCUCCCACCAACUUUCUGGGGGUGAUACCUGUGCCUCUCACUCCCCACCCCCAUUUUUCCUUACUUCCCAUGAAGGUGGGUCCUGACUGGUAGGAAGAGAGCCAAUAGCCAGCUAGGACAGCCUGCUUAGGAUGGUUGGGUUAUAUGCUAGAUACAAUUAGUGUGCUUGAUUUUUAUUCUGUUUUUAAGACUGUGCCAUGAUUGAAACUAGCUGGCAGGCUAACAGGAAAAUUAUUCCACGUUCUUUUCAGAAUACUUUAAGCAGCAUAUGCUUUAACUGGGGCUUGCAGGAGUUGAUUGCUGUAAACCGCCCAGAGAGCUUCGGCUAUGGGGCGGUAUACAAGUGCAAUAAAUAAAUAAAUAAAGGUGGGGGGAGAACGGUGUGAGUGACCAUCGGAUGGGCAUAGUCAGAUCAGUGGUAGUAGCAAGAUAGUCAGCUGCAGUCAUUGUGCCAGUAUAUCUGCUUUGGUCUUAUAGCAGGGGCCUAUGCCAUUUGUUUGGAGGUUCUUGGUCGCUUGUUCCCUCAAGGUUGCCGGCCAGCAUUGUGCUCUUUCUCCCCCUCCCCCCGCCAACCUGUUUAUGCUGGCUUGGUUUUCGUCUGCUAGGUCAGGACAGGCCGUUGCCUUUGGUCCAGCAGCACCCCGUAGCGCCUGCUUUUUCAGAACAGCUGUGGGGCUGUACACAUCAGCCAUGGGUACUGGCCAGCCUUCAGUGUCGGCACGCAGCUUAUGUCCACUGGGACCUGCUGGUUUAAUUGUGGGAUGUACAAAAAAAAAAUAAUGCAAAUAGAAACAGUAACAAGUUCUGUUUUAAAUAAAUGGAUGGAAUAAAUACCAGCUUCAUUCUGCCUUCUCGGCAGGAAGAGGCAGCACAUCUGUCUUACUCAAACAGCUUGAUUAUUUACACACAAGACUAGAACUACCUCAGAUUGAGACUGGAGUCGAACAGCUUUAGGCCGUUUCUGCUCCAGCAACCCAUAUCUCGUUCUUUUUGAGGAAGGGGUAGGUGAGUGUCACUCUUUCUCCUGGUACAUUUCUGUGAUGGUUUCUGUGCAUUUCCCAGCCCUUGUGGACAAAGGACAGCACAGGAAUUCCUUGUGAAGAAGCACCCCAGCCUAUCAUGCCCAAAGAUACACAUCAACCCAUUUACAGGUAGGCAUCCCAAUUUGUCGUUUCAAGCAUUAAGCUGGCUAGGGAACAAUGUCCUUCAAGCAGCCAACUAUCAUGAGAAAGUUAGCUUCUGUCUUAAAGAAUGGCAUUGGUUUUUCUGGGACAAAACUUUGAGGGAAUUUUAUCCCAGAAGACGCAGACUGUAGCAGCUAUUCCUGGUAUGUUCGAGGUCUUAGGAUAUAACCUGUUUUAUUAAAACAGAUGGUGCAAGCCUACCUGAGAGGCUUUUUUUCUACACUAUCUGCACGGGACCAUCCAAAAUGAGAUUUAGUUUGCAAUCCAUUACAUGUCUCCUCAGAAGUAAGCUCCAUUGGGUUCAGUGGGACUUACUCCCAGGUAAGUGUGCAUUGGAUUGCAGCCUAAAAAGAGUGUGAAGUGCGUUGUACACCAGAAGCCCAACAGAAAUCCUUUAACCCAUCCCUGAAAGGGCUCACUUCUGUGCCCUCCUUGUGCUUAGAUUGGCAUACGAGCAAACAAAGCAUACAGCAAGGAGCGGGAGAUCCUUGGCUCUACUAAGACAGGUUUGGGAUGCUGCUGAACUACAUCUCCCAUCAUUCCUAGUCAUUAGCCAUGCUGGCUGAUGGGAACUGACAGGAGCUGGAGAGCCGUAGGUGGCCUGCACUCAAGCCCUACGUCCAUCAGCAAUACAAGGAAAGGCAUUCUUCCCAAGAGGAUUGCCAGGCUCUGUUGAUGCUCCCCAGCGCACAUCUGCCUGCGCUACAAGGAAUGAACAUGAAGAAUGGCAAACCAAUAAUCUGCUUGAAUGUCAUGCGAGAGGCUAUUUACUGAGGAAGGAAGGAAGAAGUGCCUGGAGGCUGCCGUUGAGGAUCAAUAGUCUGCAUUGGAUGCCAUUGCUCACUUGAUGACCCUGGAGAUACAGUAGAAAAGUCUGGCUGGAAGCAGACCCCAAAAAUACACAGCUAGUGCUAAUGGAGGAUGUGGCUGGGUAUUUUUUCCCCCUUCCACUUCUGGCUAGUAAACAACCAAAACAAAGGAUAGGUUCCCAAUACGUAGAACAAAAAAGACAAAGCCACAGGAACAGAUGAUGGGAGUUGUAAUUCAGCAGCAUCUGGAGGGCCACAGGUUUUACCACACCCCUGCUUUAGUAGUAUUUCUUUCCCCAAGGGAUUUGCAUAGCAGGCACAGGCAGCCCUGAAAUUUUGGCACGCCAAGCAGUUGCCGAGGCCAGCCCUGCUUGUACUCCAUUGGACACCUGUUGGCUGCAUUCCUUUUAAUGCCAGGCGAACCAGUGCCAGUUCAGGUCCUGCUGUGCUUCUAUGCCAGUUAUUUCAAUGUGCUGCUGUUUGGCCGUUCUAGCUACUUGCUAUUGCGAUUAGGUUCCGUUUUUGCAAGGGGGUGGUGAAAAUAAAGACAAUUGUGAAUUUAGUGAAAGGAAAAGUGGCCCAGUCCCUUAUAGAAUGUUUUUUUUCCUGCAGACUUUCUUCCUGUAGCACUUUUUGGUUUUUAUAAACCAAGCCGGGUAGAGCUAAAUCAAAACUGCAAGAAGACAUGCUGCUACGAAACUUGGCAGCUCUAUAGAUGUUUUCAAAUCAGACUUUCCAAGACUUAAGCGGCAGCUCUGUAUGAAUAAACCCAUUGAGCCACAAUCGGGAGGCUUAAAAUGUGCUUCCUGUUGUCCCUUGGCAAGCGGGGUGUUCAGGGUCUUAAAUUUGGGGCCAAAUUGCAAGUCCUGCUGGGAUCAGCUACAUGCCAGGGUUUCUGUUCAGGAACCCCAGAGUGUAGCUCAUCCCUGCAGAAAGCAGAGCUCGGAAGUCAGCACCGAUGGGCGCCGGUGCCAUGCAGCGUUGCAGUUGCCCAAGUCUGUUGAAAUCAAUGGUUUUGGCAUGCCUAACUCUGCAUGGGAGUAAGUCUGUUCAUCAAUUUCAGUGAUGGUAGCUAGGAGUCUGAGAGCUGUGUUUAGUCCAGAUUACUCAAGAGCCCUAGUCAAGCAUCACAUUUCCCUUGUAGCCAGUCACAUGCCUCCAGCAAGCCCCGAAGCAGGAGUGUAACAGCCCCCACCCACCCAGGUCCCCUGCAGCUGAUAUUCACAGUCAUUACUACCUCUGUACUUAGAGGGUCUUUGUAGCUAAUAGUCACUGAUAGCCUUAUUCUCUACAAAAUUUGUCUGUCCUCCCUUGAAAGCCAUCAAACCAGUGGCCAUCACUAUCCUCCAUCAGUGACUUCCAUAAUUCUAUCUUUGUGAGAACUUUGAUGCUUUUGGUUUGUCGUGACUCUGCUGCUGUUAAUGUAACACAGAGGCAGCCCAUCUGAUGCCCUCCAGGUGCUGUUUACAGUUCCAUUGACUUUGUUAGCCGGGGCUGAUGGGAGUUAGGAAUCCACAACAUCUGGAGAGGACAUCACAUUGGCUAACACUGAUGUAGCUAGGGACAAUUUGGCCAGUUUGGGGAAAUUAAAAAUGAAAAUAGUACACCAGUCAACUCUUGGUCAUAUGUUCAACUAAGCUCUACUCAGAGUAGGCCCAUUAAAAUUAAUGGACCCAAGUUAGUCAUGUACCUUAGUUUUAUGGGUCUACUUUGAAUUGGACUACUGUUGGAUGAAAUCUUUAGUGUAGUAUUAUUAUUAAGAUAAGGAACAUAAUAGGACAGGGUAGUAAAAAUUUUAAUUUGCCUAAGGCGACAGAAAAUCUUGGAAUAUCCCUGUGUGCAAGAGGAAGUUCGGCAAGUCCUUGUGAAACUAAAAUAGCUGUUCCGCAGGGGGAACAUUUGGGAUUGAAUACAUCCCUGACUUACAAGGAAAAGAUUUUGGAUUUCUUUUGAGUAAUUUCUUCAGAAGGCAUACGCAACCCUCUCUGUGCAGGUUUGGUUUCCAGUAGCUGCAAAUAAGUAUCAUGCCACAUUCCUGUUUUUUUUAGUUCUCUGGAAAGCCAAACUCUGAAGGCAUCAGAAGAUUAGGGUUUAGAUAACCAAUUGCUUCAAGUAGCUAUGGAAAUUUUUUUUUGUAAAUUGGUGUGAGGAUGGGUGUUUUUUUCAUUUAGGCCACAACUAAUAUAGGUACAAGUGGGCAGUCAGGUUAGUAAAUUUAUAGGAAGUGUAGGGAACCUUUGGCCUUGCAGAUGUUGCUGAAUUCCAGCUCCCAUCAGCCCCAGCCAGCAUGGCCAAUGGUCAGGGAUGCUGGGAGUUGUUUUCCACACAUCUGGAGGGCUGAAGUUUCCCCACACCUGCAUUAUAGUGACUUGUAAGGUUAGUACAAACUUGCUGGAUGCUGCCUGUCUUCAGCAUCUGGGGCACAGUGUGAGGCAAAUGAACAAUGUCCGUCUAGUUUCAGACACUACAGUCAAUUGGCUCUUGGGGUGUAUGCUGCUGCACUAAUUGUAUUUAUAACCUCUCACUACACACAGUCACCUGAAAGCUGACAGUAAUUGACAGGUAACUGAGCCAGGUGUAAGCAGAGUCUCCAACCCGCUCUAUAUCAUCCCUUGACAGGGUGCUAGCACCUUAGUGCAGGCAUGGGGAACUAGUGGCUCUCCAUGUGUUGUACUGCAGCUCCCUGAUCAUUGGUCAUGCCGGCUGAGGCUGAUGGGAACUGAAGUCUCAUAACACCUGGAGGGCUCCAGCAUCCCCACCCCUGCGUUAGUGUUAACACCAGCGUGAUCCCAGCCUUAGGAGACUCAAGCUUUCAGUUUACAUAGAUAGAAGGAAAUUAUUCCAGCAUACUUAAUUUUGGUGUACACCUUGUGUAUGAUUAUGGACAGAUGACAAUAUUGAUAUCUGCCCCCAAACUUGCUUCUAGUAUAUACAGGAUUGUGUUGCUGGUGCUGUAUACCCCCACUGUGUCCAAGAAACAAUGGUGCCUUUUAACAAGUUUCCAGAGCAUGUCUCUCUGCUAGUAAAAUAUGCCAUGAUAGAUGUACGCUAUUAUUAAAUCUAUAGCUGGAUAUUGCCCAUCUGAUAAUUGCUGUAUAUAAGUACCAAUGACCAGUCUGUGUAUGUAACUAAUAAAGCAGAAUGCAUCUUACAGAAA